AUGAAUGCUGACUUUAAGAACGCCUUCGAAGCUCUUCAUAGUAAGGUGAAACUAGUGAACGACUUCUCAUCUGGAAAGAAACUGAAGUCUGAAGGUUUCGACAAAGAGUUAAGAGAAGUAGCACAAAAUAUGACGAAAAUAACAGAUGCAGCAACGAGACAGGCAGUUCAAAGUGCCUAUGACGCCGUUAGAGCAACUGUUGUGGAAAGUCAAGAAAAAGAGUUACAACAGACCAAAACAGACCUAGUAAAUGCUUUCUUAAAAACGAAAAGUCAGGUAGGACAUUAUGCUGCAGAUGGAACAUAUGUGCCAGCAGGUGGAACUUAUAUACCAGCUGGUGGAACUUAUAUACUAGCUAGUGGAACUUAUAUACCACCAAACCCUCCAAGAGAAGCACCUGCACCAGGACUACCUAAAACAUUUACAUCGUCACAUGGACACAGACACAGGCAUGCACCAAAACCAACACAACAACCAACACAACAACCAACAGUUCAAAACACUGCACCACAACCAACAGUUCAAAACACUGCACCACAACCAACAGUUCAAAACACUGCACCACAACCAACAGUUCAAAACACUGCACAACAACAACCACAAACAGAGCAAGGACAUAAAAGAAGUAGAGAACAAGGAAACCAAGAAUUCUUAAAAAUGCUUAAGGAAAAUUAUGGUUACCCAGAUACUCUUGACUUUAGUGACUGA